AAGGAAGCAGGCUGUCCAUUGGUGUUGCACAAUCCAAUUAGCUCCGAGUUGCACCGAUAAGAAACUGGACCAGAUCACACAGAGGCUUUUUGUGACCAGUCGUACAUCUGUUAUUUGGCUGGUAAACGAUUUGAAGCAUCUUCAGCACAGGUUCUAAUCAAGGCUUUUCCCAGGGAUCCACAAGGAAAAAAGCUGGGGAUGACGCUGACUGCGUUCUUGCUGGUACUUGUCUUCGUCUGGACAGGAAUGGCUGUGAAAUUUAUUGUUCCACCAUGUGACCAGCACAUGUUUGAUAGCAAUGUUGACAACUGCCUGUCAGACUUCAACAAGAGCUUGGAGUCCAGUGGCUAUCAGGACAAAUGCCCAUGGCCUGCUGUAAAAAGCAUCUACAACAAACUGAAGCAUUGCGUGGAUGACUGGGCAAAUGUGUCUUGGUGUAAGGGUUAUGGAUUUCUGGUAGACAAUGUCUUCUUUGAGGUACAUGAGAUGUACUUUUCAGUCUGUGGACAGGUGCAGGACCCCCCACUCACCACUCUCAUUAUGUUAGUUGCACCUGUUAUAAUUGCCACACUUUUCUUGCCGCUUCUGUGUGUUAAUCUCGUCACUUGUAACAUAGAGAUGCCCAGAACUUUGGGGCUCUGAUGUAGUGAUCUGACCAAGGUAAAUUGCAGUGUUUUUCAGCCUGGCACUUAUUCUCAUAAUUGUGGCCAUUCUGACAUUGGGGCAUGCUAACUUUGCACUCGCCACCUCUAGCACAGAGAAACUGGGAAAUGUGGACAUCGGCAAAACAACAUCUACGACAUCAUUUUUUUGAAUAAACUUUACUUUGUCUUUGAGCCAGAACACAUAACACAGAGAUGAUUAGAUAACUUGUCGGCUAUGUUUGUUUACAAGGGUGAGGCUGUGUGUUACUAUCAAUUUUCAUUUUACUUGGAACCAACCACAUAAAUGAAUCAGAGUACACAGAGGAAAUAAAUUAAUUAAUAGGGAAGACAAAUUGAUUGAAAAAUGAUUACGACCCCUUGAAGGCAAAUGUCUUUUAGGACAUUUUAGUAAUAUCUAUGUUUACCUGUGCUGAAAUAGAAUCACAAUGUAUGACCCGAUAAGUAAUACAUGUCAUUACUGAAGAUAAAUAGCUAGUUUGGUUAGCUGGUAAGUUACCCUGGAAAGUAGACCCCUAUGUAGUAAAGAACAAUAGCUAAUCUAUGGGUCUAAUUUCUGUGUUUAUUUUUGGUCCGACUCAUAGAUGAGCAUUUGAAAUGAUUUAUGUAAAAGUUUAGGAGGCUGUAGGAGGCUAAAGCUUAAUUAAUUAAAGCCUUAAUAUAAUCCUGAAGUCAAGACAAGUGAAAGGUUGGCAUGAAUAGUCAGAACAGCAACAAAUAUGAAAAUAAGACUCUGCAGAGUACAGCAGUUUUCCUUUAAAAAAAAUCACUCCACUAUUACAAUCUGUUAAAUAAUAAAGUGGGAGUAUUCUUUAA